AUGAAUACACAAUACCAAGGAUUUUUUACUCAAAAGCAUUCGUACGAUUUCGACGAAUUUGUUUACAAAAGUACAAGAAACUAGUAAAUGUUGGUUUUUCUGUUAAUGACAUUCUUUGCCUUAUUCAGGAUUGUCUCAAUAUUAUUAACAGGGAAAUCUUUUUAUAUUCUUUACGGAGGUGGGUUUUUAAUCUAUACAAUUAUACUACUAGUGAUUUCUUACAAAGGAAAAAUAUGGGUUAAGAAAUACGGGAAUCUUUUGACUUGUUGCGUCCUCAGUUUGCUGUAAAUAUAAUAAUAUCAAAUAAACAACUUAGAAGAACUUCAAUAAAAUUCAUCAUUAAAUAUGAUCUUUUUAAUGAUUGUAUAUAGUAUUUUGAAUCUAAAAGGAGCUUGUUUUUAGAUGAUUGUUUUCAUUGGAUUAAAAACCUGGAUUCAAAUAUCUGAAAAGGGAAAUUUCAGCAUUCUUAAUUUUGUCUUUUAUUUGCUGGAGGGAAUAUCAAUUGGAUUGUUUGUUUAUUUCCAAUAGCAAGGUCUUAAUAUUAGAUUUUCUGAAGAAUGUUUUUAAAAAUAACUAUUUCGGUUUUUGCCCGAUUUGGUACAAAAUUAAUUUAUGAUGUUUAACUUAGAGUAAAAAAGUUCGAGUUUUCACUUACGAUUUUAGAGUUAGAUCACUUCCAUCAAAUGGGAUGAUUCCAAUGCACCAACAUCCAAUCUCCGGGCUUUUCUAAGGAAUACUUAUUACUAGGAUCAAUCACUGGAAUAAUAUAUCUUAUCAAGAAACGACCCAAACUACAAUAAUUACAAUCAUUAUUAUGCUCAAAACUUGAUUGUUCACAAUAUAGAUAAUAAUCAAUCUUCAAUCGAAAUUAAUUAUGUUGAAUGUUUUCUUGGUCAAAAAUAUUAUCUAAUCACUUUCAAUGAAAACAAAUACGAUUGUUUGGAAAGCAUUAAUAACUCACUAAUCACAAGCAUCAAUAGAAAUUAGUAACUUACUAUUAGUUUCUUAAAAAAACAACUCAACCAAAUUUCCACAAUAUUGACCACAAAAAAUUACAUUUAACCAUUAGCUAAAUUGAAGAUUCACUGUAUGUAUUUUCUAGGCAAAUUUUAAUAAGUUAAUAGUUUUUCGUAAAUAGAUCGUAAAAUCAAAGACAUCAACCUCACAAAACUCUUACAACUAAUGGUUAACCUCUAUUGCAAUGCUUAUUAUCCCGUUCAAAUAGAAUUAUAGUCGGAAGAAUAUUAUGAUUUCUACAUUUACAGUAAUGAGGAAUUGAUUCAAACCUUCUUUCAAAUACUAUGCCAAUUAUUGAUUCGAUUAAAAGCAAAUUAAUUACGAAAUUAGUUGAUUUUUGGAUAAGAUUAAAAAUCGUCGAAAUUGUUUUAUAUUGUUAUAAAAACUGAGUGUUAUUAGGAAUAUAAAAUGUAACUUCAGAAUAACCCUUUCUUUUAGAAAAUAUAGAGAAGGUUGUGUCCAAAUCUCGACAUUCUCGCAUAACAUUAGUCUGUGAAAUUAUAUCUUUAUAAAAAUUAUUAACCUUUGGAAGAAAUGAGGGAGUUUGAAGAUGAAAUUAUUUGA